AUGAUUAUUUUAAGAAUUAAUGAAUUUAGGAUGGAAUGGCAAUUGAUUAAGAUUAUUAAAAAAAUUAUACAACCUUUCCAGUAAAUGAACAUUUUAAAAGAAUAUUCAGAAACUUAGAGAUCUUAUUUGUUAGUAGGAUUUUUACAACAAAAAAUAUAGUUUUGUGUCAAAUACAAUUCAUUACUACUUUGGAAAUCUGAUGAAUUUGCUUUUAUAUUAAACUUCAAGAGUUACUCGUUUUAUGCAGGAUUUUAAAUAAUUUAUGCUAUUGAUACAAGAAGAUUAAAUAAAGUAUAAAUUUAAUUAUUAAAUUUAGUAUUUUAGUAGGAGAAUCAAUAAAAUUUCUCAUUUAAUCAUAUAUUGA